CUCAGAAUUUACACUUCCUUAACAACGACGGGCUGAAGGACGCUAAUGUAUAGUGAUUUGAGUAAAGUAACGUUAGGUUGUUCAUUAAUACAUUAUUCAAUUUAAUGCUUAUAAAAAUGACAGACUGCAAACUAAUUUUAAGACACCUUUUUGAUACUAAGUCUAAGUGGAUUAUUAUCUAAAGUCAUUCCGGAUUAACAGAUAAUUUCAACAAAUGUCGAAGGUUGUUUUCUUUCGUGGUUUCCAAUUAGUUUUGAUUGCGAUUGUUUUGGCUCAAGCGACUUUUCAAAGCACUGCACAACACCACUCAACCGAUUCAACAAACUCUUCGGUUUCAUCUGCAGCAGCACAGAAUGCCACAUUCGCAGCUGUUUUUCCAACUGAUGCCACCACCAUAGAGCCCAUCAUAAAUCCAUCGGUGACUGAUUCUACACAGAGCAUCAUUGAUGAGACUCCAUUGAGCACCGAUCUAAGCCCAUACCCUUUCACUUUUACUGAUAACGCACCCAUAAUUACUAACCAGUCACGAUCAACAACAGCAUCAAGUAAUGAUUUGAGGGCAGAAAUUAACUCUUCGUAUCCAACAAACUCAACCGACUCAUCUGCAACUGCUACACUGAAUGGUACUUUCAUAGAUGGUCGUGCAGUUUUGCCUACUGAUGCCACCAUAGAGCCCAUCACAAGCCCGUUGGGCUGCCUGUGUGAUGUCACACCUGACUUCUGUGACAUUGGAUGCUGUUGUGAUGUCAUGGACUGUGGUCUCCUGAACCUCAGCUCUGUGUUUAACAACUGUGGCCAGGAUGCUGGGUCUGGCUUCUGUCUUGAGAGCUGGCUGAUGUUUAGAACACAAAUUGAUCCAGCACUGGUUACUCUCACUGGAAACCUCCUUUGUGUUCAGAGAGAAGAGGAAAAACAGUCAGCUGCUCAGACUUCCUCUGCUCGCUUUCAGCCCAAGUCAAUCUAUCCAUUCUUACUGAGAGAGCUUACGGCCUUCAACAGUCAACCAAACAACUUUUACAAGGCUGAUGACAUCAUCCUGACCUAUUAUGACCGUACAUCCAUAGUGAACGCACUUAGACAACCAUCACCGGGGCCGGCGUCAUCCGCCUGCAUCAACCACAAUCCUGCAAGGUUCUUGCGUUCAAAUUCUCUAUCUUGCUCUCGUGCUGUGACGGCACAAUCUUGUGCGGAUGACAGGAGUUUAAAUGCUCUCACUUACUACACUGGCUUUGGACUACUGAGGGUUCCCAGUGCCCAGGUGGAGAACAGUCCAGAGUUUGUUAUCCCAGUUUCUACCGUGAGUGACUGGCCUGAACCGCUUGAGCAAAACGGCUCAUGUCUGAAUGUGGUAUCAAAGGUGGAGUAUGUGAUCGAGUACACAAGCAAAGGAGAGAUUGUAAAAGCUACACUGAACACAGAACUGCUGAACACAACUAUAGAUACACAACUACAGCAAAAGCAUGUGAUUAUAUUCCAGCAGUUGGCCACACUCAGCCCCCCCAUGGCCACACUCAUACCUCCAUCACCUCCAGAGGGGCUGAAACCUGAAUCACUACUAGUUGGAUGGUUUGGUGAAAAAUCACAAGCUUUGACAGUUUUGGGGUUGUCCGAGGAUGGAGGGUGUUCUGCUGAUCUCGGUAAUCGGACCCCUGUUCUUUUCAAAAAAAACAUUGUAACUGGCUGCACCUUCAGAUCUUUGUCUAGUGACUGUGGCCUGUUGCGGGCAGAGCUUUUGGAUAUUUUAGCAGGGGUUACAGUGCCUGAUACGAUCAGUAUGACUGCAGGCUCUCAGACAGACCAGACUCGAGUCAUUUCACAAGACUGCUCCACACCAGCUACAGAAGCAUGUGAGACGGGUUGUCUCCUGCCCGUGUCGCUAUCGUUGCAAGUGCUCUGGGCUCAGAGGGGCCUCAGGGCCCUGCCACAGAACCACAUCUUGGGGGCCAAAUACAUCUUUGGCUGUCAGAGACUGAAGUGUCCUCUCCGGUCUUCUGUCCCAUUGACCACUGAGGUGAUGUUCUCUGAUGCCACAGUUUACCCAGAAGCCCCUGGGGGGGAACGUCAACCUAAAUGGAAGUUUCCAUUUGAUUUUUUUUCCAGGGGGGUUGGAGAGUUUGAUCAAGAGUAAAUAAAAGUUUGGUACCAGCCAAUGAUGGAAGUUUCUCAGACAAUGUUUAAAGAAUGUGUAAUUUUGGCAGUACCAGUGUGCAACUGGUGUGCAACACGUAAAUUUGGUGUGAUACUGCUUGUCAAUUAAAUAUCACUCGUAAAGCUUGAAAGAUACCACAGUUGUAAAUAGUUCCUCAUUUUAAAUAAAGAUGUUUUAGUUUUUCUCUCUC